AUGAGUCUAGUACGCGAUGAAACGUGGGUUCCCGAGCUAUGGUCCCUUUUCGGUGUUGGGAUAGUCAUUCUUUUGGCUCGCAUUGGGCUGCGAUGUUGGGUGUACGGCUUCCGUGAGCCGGCAGCUGAGGACUGUCUCUCUGUGUUCAUCCCUGCCUUCUAUACCGUCAACGCCGUCGGCUGCUACCUCGUUUACAUCAACGGAAACAAGGUAGACUUCACUCAGGAGGAGAUUAACGCCUUAAGAGACGAAGAGGCACGUCGCCUUAUCUUUGGAACGAAAUGGGAGCUCGCCUUAGCGUACUCCUACGUGACUACGCUCUGGCUUCUCAAGGCCAGUCUACUCCUGCUGUACUGGCGCCUGACAAGGAACCUUGGGAAACAUCGCCUGCUCGUGCUAUUGAUCACAAUUAUCUGUGUUCUAGCCUACGUUGGGGUCAUGCUUAGUAUGGCCCUCUCGUGCAUCCCUUCCAGGAGAUUCUGGCAAAUCAAACCUUUGCCUUCCAUUAAUUGUGUUCGGCCGCCGAAUAUAUUCAUCGCGUUAACAGUCUCGAACGUUCUGUAA